AUGAAUCCCGCCACCUUCCUGCGCGUGCUGGGUCCCGAGGCGUGGCGAGUGGCCUACGUGGAGCCCUCCAUGCGCCCCGACGACAGCCGCUUCGGCGACAACCCGAACCGCGUGCAGCGCCACACGCAGUUCCAGGUGAUUCUCAAGCCCGAUCCAGGCAACGCCCAGGAGCUCUACUUAGGCAGUCUAGCAGCAUUGGGAAUAGACAGCCGGCAGCACGACGUGCGGUUUGUGGAGGACAACUGGGAGUCGCCCGUGCUUGGGGCGUGGGGGCUGGGCUGGGAGGUGUGGCUUGACGGCAUGGAGAUCACCCAGUUCACCUACUUCCAGCAGGCAGGGGGCAUGCCGCUAUCGCCAGUAUCAGUGGAAAUCACAUACGGCCUGGAGCGCAUCAUCAUGAGCCUGCAGGGCGUGGACCAUUUCAAGCGCAUAGCCUACGCGCCAGGGGUGACCUACGGGGAGCUGUUUCUGGAGAACGAGAGGGAGAUGAGCUGCUUCAAUAUGCUUGAAGCAGACACCGAAAGGGUCAAGCAGCGUUUCGACCUCUACGAUGCUGAAGCGCAGGCUCUGAUCGACAAGCAGCUGGCUAUUCCCGCCUUCGACCACGUGCUGAAGACGUCCCAUGCAUUCAACAUUCUGGACGCACGGGGUGCCGUGGGGGUCACUGAGAGAGCCCGCUUCUUCGGUCGUAUGAGAAGCCUGGCGCGUCAGUGCGCCCAACUAUGGGUCGAAACGCGGGAGAAGCUCGGCUUCCCAUUGGGCCGGGCGGACGCUGACGUGGCGCAGCCAACAGGGGACACUGGUGGAGAUCGGUACAGAGGAGUUGCCGCCUGA